GCCUCCAGUUGUGCUCCCGACGGCGAUGAGUGAACAUCUUCCGGCGCUCCCAAGCCUCGGGGAGAGAAAGCUCGGCCGUGUGUCAGAAUAACUUCGAUCGACGCUCAUUCCUGACGAAUUAACGCGGAGGACAUCGUUGGGCAUGUUCGGAAGUACUCGAGGUUUUAGGAGACUUUGCUGCGUGUGAUUCGGACGAGAGAGGAUGAGGCAUUUGUUUUGUUUGGUGUAAGAACGUUGUUGGUGAAAACAAAAACAAAAAAAUAACUAACUGUUGGCUUAAAAAAAACUUCUUUAUCUGUACUUUUAGUGAAAGCCUCUAAUCGUAAGACCUUAAGAACAAAACACACAAAUAAACGGACACGAUGUUGGGGCAAGGGUUGUGGUAAAAGCGCCAUCAGUGUCGCUCAUCAGCAUGCGAUAAGGAGACGGAAAGCAUCUGAAGGAGGAAAGGAUCACAUAGCAGUUAAUCCUCGACAGAAGUAUGACGUUGAGAUUAACAUUUCAUCUCUCGUCCGGCAUGAACGUCUUGGUGGUUGCAGUGUUGUGGUCGAUAGCACUGGCAGUGGCGGAGGAACAGGGCGAUCCACGUGUAAUGGCGUUGUCCUCGAUAGCCAAGAGGCUUACCAGUGACACGAGACACGAGGCAGCGUCGGACACAACCACAGCCACGCGUCGAGAGGAAAUCUUUCGAAAUCUGUCCUUGUCAAAGGCGCAGGUGCAUCCUUGGCCGGUACCGAAGGGCGCCUGGUUUCGCGGAGGGCGUCUCCAGCGACCCGAAGACCUUCACCGGCCACGCCCUUCUCGGAAAGUACCCUUGGCAGGCGAUCCGAGUAACGACAUCAAAAAGGGUCGACAAGAAUCCGAGGCUGAAGACUUUCCUUCCGCCGCAGACAAGUCCUUUUUUAACUCCAGCGGAAAGGUGAUCCUUGUAGGCCCUGCGGAGUGGGAUCUGGACUCCACUCCUGCUUCGGAGGAGGCUAACUACUCCCUCAACGCGACGGAGGAGACGAAGGAGGAACACGACCGUCGACAAGGUUCUGAUGGCGGAGGCGGCCCCACACAGGAGAUCCUUGUUGACGACAGCGUAAUUCAGGAGCCGGUCGUUUUGCCCGUGACGGAGGGCAAGAACCGCGGAGGGCAUGACUACGGCCUGCCCAAGGAGCUCAUGCCCAUCCAUCCAGGGGGCGGGUCUAAGUUCGAGGAUCUGGAGAGGGAGAAGCUGGAAAGAGCCAAGAUGGCGCAGACAAAACUGGAAGACGAUGACACAGAAAACGGGAAUUCGUACGAUGCGGAGGGACUAUACAGUUCUGCGUCGUUGCCAUCUGUCUCGACUCAUCUAUUUGAAAUCAUCGUCUGUGUGAGAAUAGCUGCUUAUAUUUCACAUUCCAUAUUUCUUCCAGCUAAUCUAGACUCCGUAAUCUUUCAUAUUUCAGCGAUGUAAUUCAAUGCGAUGUAAUUCAAUAGCAUAGUUUAAUACGACAAACUGAUUUAUAAUAUUUAUAGAGUUAAAAAAAAAAAAA